AUGGCCAAGAAGGCAAAAUCCCGUGUUAUCAUCGUCCGCCUCCUCUCCAUGGCGCAAACGGGCUACUUUUACACCUUCACCCGCCCCCGUGUCGGAAUCCCAAUGAGCAUGAUCAAGUACGAUCCGAUUGUGAGGAGGAGGGUCCUGUUCUUAGAACAAAAACGAAAGGGGAAAUAA